AUGUGCCGUUGUGGCACGGCCGAACUCCACUAUGGGGCCACGACUUCGGGUUGUAGUGGAGAGCGACUCGAAUUCGCCGUAAGCCGCGGUCUCCGACGGCGUAGGUGGGCGCGUCAAGGCGAUGUCGAUGUGGAGAUCCAUCCCGUCACCGCCUGUCCAGCGGCAUGCAGUGACGAACCACGUCACGACGGUGCCGACGCAAGGUUCCAUCCGACCUUCCAUCCAGCAGAAUCCGCAAACCCUGUGCGCACGGCACAGCGCACAGGGCCCCCUCACCUGGUUUAGCCCGCCGAUCGAGACGGUUGCUCGGGGUGUGGCCGCUGAGCAGAGCCCAGCUACGUGGAGCCACAGGUGAGAGUUGAGUGCCAGCAAGUGAACGCUAGGCGUAGUCUCACCUGCAAGCAAGUGAGCGACCACCACGACCAUCACGUGAACCCACCGCUGACACCCCUACACCCCAGUGGACAGCCAUAAUGGCAACGUCGCGCCUCUCGCAAUCGCCUCACCUACGCCCUUGUGACAGCCUGCUAUGGCACGCACGUCUGCCCGGCUUCGAUUUGUCUCGUUGCAAUUCACUGUCUGCCACGACACUUUUGCAGCGGCCACCUUCGGUGACACACGGCUCGUCGCUCUCGCGGACGCCGCCUCCGCGGCGCCGGGCAAACCCUCGUCCGGUUGCCAACUUUCCCCUAUCCUUCUGUACAGAAUAAAUAAAAUCUUCUACCCAACCGGCGUCCCGCCUUUAACAACUGGUGAUAUGGCCUGAAGUUGUGGCGCACUGAGCAUACACCAUCACCGCUUGGUCGCCACAGGAUUUAUGGCUGUCAAUUUGAAGAAGUAGACCGUUUUAAAUACCUCUGACGGGUCUGCUGUCUAAUGACCAGAGUAAGGUUGACAUGGUCUCUCGAAUUGAUGCUGCCUGACGGGUUUUCUCAGGCCUUCGAAAAUGUCUAUUGAUCCGACGCGACCUCCCCAUCGCCACUAAUAUUCGCAUGUACUGUGCGACUGUCUGGUCUGUCCUCUUUAUGGUUGUGAAUGCUGGGCUGUGCGCGUGGAGGACGGGCGAAAACUGGAGGUGUUUGACCAACACUGCUUGAGGACCAUCCUUCGAGUGAAGUACACCGCCUUCGUCUCAAAUGAGACAGUCCGCACCCGCUGCGACAACAUAGCAAGGGUAACCCAGACCAUCCAAGAAAGACGACUAAGGUGGUAUGAGCAUGUUCUUCGUCGUCCACCUUAGGAGCUCAGUGUUAUUGCCUACGACCCGGCACCGUUACCGCAUUGGAGGCGACGAAGAGGGGGUCAACUCAAAACCUGGUUCGACACAGUUCGUCAAGACGUGAAGGUGGUUUUUGGGCCUUCGGUAUUCGGUCUCCGUCGUUGACGAAGGGAAUGGGUUGAACUGUCCACAUCUGCUGCCGCGGAUCGUCACGCGUGGAGAGUCACACUCAUACUUGAGCGCAUCAUCGGAGAUAGAUUAAAAGUGGGAAUACAAGGUUUAAAUAAGCCUUUCUUACUCACUAUUGAUAAGCCCAUUGUUCUCUCUUCCCAUUGGCCCUCGCUUCCUGCCUAAGUGGUGUCUGACGGCCUCAUAUGGCGUUGGUAGGUCGAUCCUACGGUUGAUGGAGUUGUCGUUUGAUUGCCAGGCUUCGAUUAUCUCUCUCGCCAUUUUGCUUUCAGCUCGGCCGAUUACUUCUGCCUUGUCGAAGCCGAAUUGAUGGUUAUUUUCGAGGAUAUGCACAGCAACAUGUGAUCGUACAUCUCUUCGCUUUACAGCAAGAGAAUGCUCAUGCAUGCGCGACUUUAAUCUUUUGUCGGUCAUACCACAAUAAUUGGCCGGACAGUCAGGUUUUAUAUAUAUAUUCACUCAGGAAUGGGCGCACACCGAUCCAUUGGCUUCCCGAAGCACACAAGCUUCGUAUGGGCGAUAGGGGUCAUGAACAGGCAACCACCUACCAGGCCGAAGUCGGCCAAGCUAUGAUAGCAGAGCGGAUACGACAGAGAAUGCGGGUAGAUUGAUACAGCACUGUUUCGGGCUUGGUGGCCUUCAUUCAGCCAACCAUAACCCUGACCACCAGCUGGGACCGGAAACACAAACCUGCGCACAGACGCACCUGGCGCAGUCGGUCCACCACUGGGGUCUACCAGAUGGGUCACAAGCACUUCAUCGAACGUUGUUAGGUGGUUCCUAUUAAGCACCUCCUUUGUUGAUUUCGGCAACCAGUUGUAUUAAUUGACAAAUUAGGCAAUAGUUUUGGUUUUCGAAGCCGAAAUUCUCGAGAGAGGGGAUAAUCGUGUGAGCCGCGAGUUGCUUGAGUCAUGGUCCAUGGGACCUCAGUCUAUAAACAAGUGCAACGACAUUCCCACUCCAUAGUCCGUGCUGAGGCAUAGGCUGGCCAAAGUAAUUGACGACUCGGGGAGCGCGCAAGCCGGUGAGUCAGAUGACCGAGCAAUCAUCACGCCAGCACCCAACACGGGUGAUCGGAUUUCAGCAAUUAACAACUUGCAUGUCGGCGAUCAACCAAUGAGCGCACCAAAGGGCAACAAUUCUUGACGAAAGGGAGCGCGCUUAAUUACUAUAGGUAUGCGGUAGCAUUGCGACUUCAUCCUAUAAAUACUUCAACUUCCUGUACAUGAGUCACCUUUCUCUGCCACUGUUUCUGAUGAUGGAUUCAAGUGAGAGUCCGAAACGUCAGACGAGCAAAGUCCUUGUUCGAGCGAUCGUUUUUCUUCAAAAUUUGCCCUCUCCCACCAUGUUGCCUUUUCGAGUAUAAGUUCAGAAUUCCUGAUCUUUCCGCUUUUCCUACAGCCCAAAUCCUUUACCUUCAACAAGACUGACGAACGGGGUGUCUUCGAGGGGCCGGGCCCUUGGUUCACAGAGCACAGUUGGGGCAAGAACAAGCUCGGUGGCCUCCUUGCUGAGGCUGCCAAGAUAACUGGCCUGCCGGUAAUAUGGCUACCAAAAAGGCGUUCCUGCAAGAAAAGCCCUGUCAAUGGUGCAGGCCAGAAGCGCCCGGCCCCGACUCCGCCCAGCCGGCCAAAACAGGCCCGGACACCGGGCCUCCUCGCGCCCUCCUCGAUGCAAUGGACGUCUCUUUGUUCAACCGCCACCCUUGUCUCGCCCUCCACCCUCCUGCCCCUCGACAUUGAUGGCGAGGGAGUAGAGGGCAGUGGUCAGGAGAUGAAGGACUUUCCUCUAGAACAGGAUGUCCCCCAGGCAAGUCCAGUUCAGUGUAUUUAA